CAAACUUUGACGACAAGAAAGAAGUGUCGGCGACAAGUCGUUAUCUUAUUUUAGUUGUUUUUCAAUUACAAAAGUGUAUUUUACUUAAUUAUUUACCGUGUGAACAUGUUGAUUGCAUGUCCAUCAAUUGGAUAAUAUAAAUUUCAACUUUUUAGUUAAGUGAAACGACCAAAAUCGUGUUCUUAUUUCGGCUAAAAUCAACGUGAAUCGGGCGUCGACCGGUCCAUCCCUCCUACCCGUAACCGUCGCCGCCGCCUUGUGCUGUCAAUCGGCCGCUAUCGUCAUUUUGUACGUAUCAUCGCCGUGCGCGGUCACGGCAAUCGCGAGGCAAGAGAGCAACGCCGUGUUUGUAGCAAUAAGUAGGAACGUGUGUUGUGGUGUGCCGGUCUUAGUGACCGUUUAAUGUGGUAUCUAGUGUCGCUGUUGAGCUGUCGUACGGGCCGCGCGGCGUGAUCAGGCGGCGCGAUGGUGGACAUGGAUAGGAACGACCCGGAGCUGCGGUACUUGUCGGUGGAUAGGAACAGCUUCAAUGACCCAGCCACACAGGCGGAAUGGACGCAGAAGAGGCUGGUGUGGGUGCCCCACGAAACCCAGGGCUUCGUGGCGGCUGGGAUCAAAGGGGAACGGGGAGAUGAGGUGGAGGUAGAGAUAGCGGAGUCAGGGAAGCGGAUCCUGGUUCCCAUAGAUGAUAUACAGAAGAUGAAUCCACCUAAGUUUGACAAAGUUGAGGACAUGGCUGAGCUGACCUGUUUGAAUGAGGCCUCCGUAUUGCACAACAUCAAGGACAGAUACUACUCUGGACUGAUCUAUACAUACUCAGGCCUCUUCUGCGUGGUGGUGAACCCUUACAAGAAGCUGCCCAUCUACACGGAGAAGAUCAUGGAGAGGUAUAAGGGUAUAAAGCGCCACGAAGUGCCUCCUCACGUGUUCGCCAUCACAGACACAGCCUACCGUUCUAUGUUACAAGAUCGAGAGGACCAGUCAAUCCUGUGCACGGGAGAGUCAGGUGCUGGUAAGACAGAGAACACGAAGAAGGUGAUACAGUACCUCGCGUACGUCGCCGCCUCAAAACCCAAGGGAUCCGGCGCGGGACCGACACCACAGUUGAUUAUAGGCGAACUGGAACAACAGUUGUUACAAGCUAACCCUAUUUUAGAAGCCUUCGGUAACGCCAAGACUGUUAAAAACGACAAUUCUUCUAGAUUUGGUAAAUUCAUUAGAAUAAACUUCGACGCGUCAGGUUUCAUAGCAGGCGCGAACAUCGAAACGUACUUACUCGAAAAGUCAAGAGCAAUCAGACAAGCGAAAGAUGAGAGAACAUUCCACAUAUUCUACCAGCUCCUCGCCGGAGCCACGUCACAGCAGAGAGCUGAGUACAUCCUUGAAGACCCCAAGAGUUACCCAUUCCUGUCUAACGCGGCAUUACCGGUCCCUGGCAUUGAUGAUGCAGCAGAGUUCCAAGCGACCAUCAAGUCCAUGAACAUCAUGGGCAUGAACAACGAAGAUUUCAACUCGAUAUUCAGGAUAGUGUCCGCAGUACUCUUGUUCGGAUCUAUGCAGUUCAAGCAGGAGAGGAACUCCGACCAGGCCACGCUGCCUGAUAAUACUGUCGCGCAAAAGAUCGCACAUUUACUUGGUCUUUCAGUCACAGAAAUGACUAAGGCAUUCCUGAAGCCUAGAAUCAAAGUUGGUCGUGACUUCGUCACGAAAGCACAGACCAAGGAGCAAGUAGAGUUCUCGGUGGAAGCCAUCGGCAAGGCUUGCUACGAGCGCUUGUUCAGAUGGCUCGUCAACAGAAUCAACCGCUCUCUAGACAGGACCAAGAGGCAAGGAGCUUCCUUCAUCGGAAUCCUCGAUAUGGCUGGUUUCGAAAUCUUCGAACUCAACUCAUUUGAACAGCUCUGCAUCAAUUACACGAACGAGAAGCUCCAGCAACUCUUCAACCACACUAUGUUCAUUCUCGAACAGGAAGAGUACCAGCGCGAAGGUAUCGAAUGGAAGUUCAUUGAUUUCGGACUCGAUUUGCAACCGACAAUCGACUUGAUCGACAAACCUAUGGGUAUCAUGGCAUUGUUGGACGAGGAGUGCUGGUUCCCCAAAGCGACAGAUAAGACAUUCGUUGAAAAGCUAGUCUCAGCCCACUCCGUUCAUCCCAAAUUCAUGAAGACUGACUUCCGUGGAGUUGCUGACUUCGCAAUCAUUCACUACGCUGGCAAAGUCGACUAUUCAGCCGAGAAAUGGCUGAUGAAGAAUAUGGAUCCCCUGAACGAGAACGUGGUGUCGCUGCUGCAGUCGUCGCAGGACCCGUUCGUGUGCCACAUCUGGAAGGACGCGGAGAUCGUGGGCAUGGCGCAGCAGGCGAUGACGGACACGCAGUUCGGCGCCAGGACCCGCAAGGGCAUGUUCAGGACAGUCUCACAGCUAUACAAGGAACAGCUCACUAAACUGAUGGCGACGCUCAGGAACACUAACCCGAACUUCGUAAGGUGUAUCAUUCCCAACCACGAGAAGAAGGCUGGAAAGAUCGAAGCGCCUCUAGUUCUCGACCAGUUACGUUGCAACGGUGUGCUCGAAGGUAUCAGGAUCUGCAGACAAGGUUUCCCCAACCGUAUUCCCUUCCAGGAGUUCAGACAGCGCUAUGAGCUGCUGACUCCGAACAUCAUUCCGAAAGGAUUCAUGGAUGGAAAGAAGGCUUGUGAGCAGAUGAUCGAGGCUCUAGAGUUAGAUCACAAUUUGUACCGCGUCGGUCAGUCCAAGAUCUUCUUCCGGGCUGGUGUACUGGCACAUCUUGAGGAGGAACGGGACUACAAGAUCACUGACUUGAUAGUCAACUUCCAAGCGUUCUGCCGAGGCUACCUUGCUAGGAGGAAUUACCAGAAGAGACUGCAACAGCUGAACGCUAUCAGAAUUAUUCAGAGAAACUGCGCCGCCUACCUCAAGCUAAGGAAUUGGCAAUGGUGGAGACUUUAUAUCAAGGUCAAGCCGCUGCUGGAGGUGACUAAGCAGGAGGAGAAGUUGACGCAGAAGGAGGACGAGCUCCGCCAGGUCCGCGAGAGGCUGGACACACAGCUGAAGAGAUGCCAGGAGUACGAACAGAAGUACCAGCAGGCUAAUGCUGAGAAGACACAGCUUGCUGAGCAGUUGCAGGCUGAGUUGGAGCUAUGUGCGGAAGCAGAGGAAAGCCGCGCCCGUGCGGCAGCCCGCAAGCAGGAGUUAGAAGAGCUGCUGCACGACCUGGAGGGGCGUAUUGAGGAGGAGGAGGAGCGUUGCAAUGCCUUGCAGCAGGACAAGAAGCGCUUGCAGCUCAACAUACAGGAUCUAGAGGAACAACUAGAAGAGGAAGAAGCUGCGAGACAGAAGCUGCAACUAGAGCGCGUACAAUGCGACUCCAAGCUCAAGAAGUUGGAGGAAGACCUGGCUCUCAGCGAGGACACCAACCAGAAGCUGGUUAAGGAGAAGAAGAUCUUGGAGGAGCGUGCCAACGAUUUGUCACAAGCGUUAGCUGAGGAGGAGGAGAAAGCCAAACAUCUUAGCAAGCUCAAAACUAAACAAGAGUCCGCCAUUGCAGAGCUUGAGGAGAAACUACUUAAGGAUCACCAAAUGCGUCAAGAGACGGACCGCGCCAAGCGGAAGUUGGAGACGGAGCUUCAAGACGUGAAGGAACAGCUCGCUGAGAGGAAGGCACAGCUUGAGGAGUUGCAGAUUGUGCUCACCAAGCGCGAGGAAGAGCUGGCCGUGGCCAUCAGCCGCGCGGACGAGGAGAGCGGGCUGCGCGCGGCGGCGCAGAAGGCGGCGCGCGAGGCGGAGUCGGCGCUGGCCGACGCGCACGAGGACCUGGACGCCGAGCGCAGCGCCCGCACCAAGGCCGAGAAGCUGCGCCGCGACCUCAACGAGGAGCUGGAGGCGCUCAAGAGCGAGCUGCUCGACUCGCUCGAUACUACUGCUGCUCAACAAGAACUCCGCACAAAGCGCGAACAAGAAGUAGCAGUACUGAAGCGCAGCUUGGAAGAAGAGGCGGCGUCACACGAGGCGACGCUGGCUGACCAGCGCCACAAGCACUCGCAGGAGUUGCAGCAGCUCAACGAACAGCAUGAACAGAUCAAGAAGGCUAAGGCUGCUCUUGAAAAAGCCAAGCAAGCGUUGGAAGCUGAGAACGCGGACCUCGCGACUGAGCUGAAGAGCGCCAGCGCCGCCCGCGCCGAGGGCGAGCGGCGCCGCAAGCAGGCCGAGACACAGCUCGCCGACCUCGUCGCCAAGCUGCAGGAUGUCGAGAGAGCCAGGUCGGAGGUGGCAGAGAAGUGCGUGCGCCUGCAGAGCGAGGCGGAGGCGGGCGCGGCGGCGCUGGAGGCGGCGGAGCUGAAGGCGUCGGCCGCCGCCAAGCACGCCGCCACCACCGGCGCGCAGCUCGCUGAGGCACAGGCUCUCCUAGAAGAGGAGACGAAACAGAAGCUCUCGCUACAGACCAAGCUGCGCAACAUCGAGCAACAGCUGGAGCAGGCGCGAGACCAGCUUGAGGAGGAGGAGGAGGCCAAGAAGAACCUCGAGAAACAAGUGACCGGGCUAACAGUCCAACUGGCAGAAGCGAAGAAGAAGGCGGAAGAAGAAGCUGAGAACGCGGCCGCGCUCGAGGAACAGCGCAAGAAGCUCAGCAAGGACGUCGAGGCGCUGCACCGACAGAUCGAUGAGCUGCAGCAGGCGAAUGAUAAGUUGGAUAAGAGUAAAAAGAAGAUUCAGGCUGAGCUUGAAGACACGAACAUCGAACUGGAGGCACAACGCGCCAAGGUUAUGGAGCUUGAGAAGAAACAGAAGAGCUUCGAUAAGGUGGUAUCAGAGGAGCGCGCGGUAGCCGAGCGCUACGCGGCCGAGCGCGACGCGGCCGAGCGGGACGCGCGGGACAAGGAGACGCGCGUGCUGUCCCUCACCAGAGACCUCGACACUGCUGCCGAAAAGGUGGAAGAACUAGAGCGCACUAAACGCCUCCUGCAAUCUGAGCUAGACGAGCUGGCCAACACACAAGGCACGGCCGACAAGAACGUGCACGAGCUGGAGAAGGCCAAGCGAGCGCUCGAGUCGCAGCUCGCUGAGCUCAGGGCGCAGAACGAGGAGAUCGAAGAUGAUCUGCAGCUCACUGAGGAUGCUAAGCUCAGGCUGGAGGUCAAUAUGCAGGCUAUGAGGGCGCAGUUUGAAAGGGAUCUGCAGGCCAAAGAGGAGCAAGGCGAGGAGAAGCGUCGAGGCAUCGUGAAGCAGCUGCGGGACUUGGAAGCCGAGCUGGAGGAGGAGCGCAAGCAGCGCGCGGCAGUGCUCGCCAUGCGGAAGAAGCUCGACGCCGACCUCAAGGAUGCUGAGCAGGCGCUGCAUCUUGCUAACAAGGUGAAAGAAGACGCUGCAAAACAAGUGAAGAAACUCCAGCAGCAGCUCAAAGAGGCGGCUCGCGAGGCGGAGGAGGCGCGCGCCGGGCGCGAGGAGGCGGCGGCGGCGGCGCGCGAGGCGGAGCGGCGCGGCAAGGCGCUGGAGGCCGAGGCGCUGGCGCACGCCGAGGAGCUGGCGGCCGCCGAGCGCGCGCGCCGCCAGGCCGAGGCCGAGCGCGACGACCUGCUCGACGAGCUCAACAACACCGCGGCCAAGAGUACACUUCUCAUCGAUGAGAAGAAACGUCUGGAGGCGCGGAUAUCGGCGCUGGAGGAGGAUCUCGACGAGGAGCAGUCCAACAACGAGAUACUUAACGACAGGCUCAGGAAGUCACAGAACCAAAUCGACCAGCUGACGAUGGAGCUGGGCACGGAGAAGUCGGCCACGCAGAAGCUGGAGAGCGGCAAGCUGGUGCUGGAGAGACAGAACAAGGAGCUCAAGGCCAAGCUCGCCGAGCUCGAGACUGCCGCCAGGACUAAGACUAAGGGCGUAAUCACCUCCCUGGAGCUGAAGGUGGCGAACCUUGAGGAGCAGCUUGAGGCGGAGUCCCGUGAGCGGCUGGCGCAGCAGAAGGCGUCGCGCAAGCUGGACAAGAAGAUGAAGGAGCUCGCGCUACAGCUCGACGAGGAACGCAGACAUGCAGACCAGUACAAGGAACAGAUCGAGAAGAUGAACGUCCGCGUGAAGGCGCUGAAGCGUCAGCUGGACGAGGUGGAGGAGGAGGUGCAGCGCGAGAAGGUCGGCAAGCGCAAGGCGCAGCGCGAGCUGGAGGACAUGCUGGAGACGCACGAGACCCUCACGCGCGAGUGCAACAACCUGCGCAACAAGCUCAGGCCGUCGUUUGCUGACGACGAAACAGCUAGCGACUUGGAGUAACGAGCACGGAGCGAGCGACUAGCGGCAGACGAGGCGGCGGCGGCAUCGGUCUGUCGGGCGCGUCGUCGGCGUCGCGCAUGAAGCGCACGUCGCUGGCGCCGGGCGCCGGCUCCGGCGACGAGUCCUUCGACGACGUCAACGACACCACCAACAGCGUCGAGUAGCCGCCGCGCCACCGCCACGCCACCGCCGCGCCGGCCCGGCCUCUAGCUCAGCAACACGACGCCUCCACGCUUCAAAAUCUCUCACAAGCGAAACAUGCGCGUUUCUAUAUCGUGUUGCUGAACUAGGGUCGAAACGUACACGGCGACGGUGACGUUACGACCACGUGACUGCUACAUGUAAUAGCUUAUGUGAAGUUCUGUGUUCUUCUGUCCAAAUGCAUGCGUUUUACACCGCAACAGUCUGGUGACGUUAGUUAGAAAACCUUGUCAGUUUCAGACUAUUGUGGAGCCUUCUCAAAAAGCAUGUAGCGAGAGGGUAAACGGCAAUAUUAGUAGUAUGCAACACAUAUUACUUAUAUUUGUUUUUUAUAAUAAAUAUUGUCAAACGUGAUUAAGUUUCAGUUUAGUGACUUUUUGACCUUAGGCUAAGUAGUUAUUUUUUUGAAAUUUAUUGUUAUUAUUACUUCUUUCUUUAACUUUACGACGUACUUAAUUACUAAAGAAUACAUGUUCACAAUACGCUCUUACAUGUAGCCAUGUUAAUACUACAAUCGUAUUUUUGUACAUAAAAUCUUGGGUGAGGGAUUAUGAUAUAACCCCGAGUUCACUUUAGCCGUCACAUUGAACUAACAUGAAUGUGAUGUAAGACGUUGUACAUUCGCUUGACAAACUUACGAUUGUACGCGAGUGGCCCAUCAGUCAAUGUAAAUCGAGUUAAUGUAUGGAUAUAGCGAACAGCUGAGAACGCAUAGGCUUUUGUAUCUAAUAUACGUUUUCUUUCAUUGUAUAAUAUUAUAUAUGUACGUGAAAUUUUAUUGUCAUUAUGAAAUAUUUUGAGUACAUUUUUUUCUGUUUUAGGUGUAUGAAUAUGUACGCUAAUUUAUACAACGAUAUAUUUUGUAAACGCAUGAAAAUUUUUCAACAGAACCUAUGGCGCAUUAUGUACGGUCACGGCUUACUAUUGGCGUACACGUUCGUACGCCUAGAACAAUACUGAAUAACGCGGGUGCUCAAUUUACACUAAAUAAAUUGCAUUUAAACAGUCGAAUCUCUGCAAAACAAUAGCAAUUGGUGAUUAACCCCAUCCCAGUAUUAAACUAUACAUUCCUUACAAUCGAGAUUUUCACUUUGCCCAGACAAAGUCGGACGGGUAGAUUGUUAAAUUACUCAUUGGGUGAUAUUUGUAAUGAAAUUUUUUAAAAGUAUUAUUAAAUUGUGGCAAAAUAUUACUUAUACUGUUUGAUGAUUGCAUUUAAAACGCGACUGAGUAACCAAGACUGUUGUUGCGAUUAUUGACUCCCCUCCACAAUCAUUUGUACCGUUUGCCGCCACGUUCCGCCGCGGCGUGAGAGCGCUCAGCACUCGCCGACGCCUACUUUUGGAAUCAUUUUACACGUUGUCUCUAGCCCCAUCCGGUGCACUGAGCGAGCCCGCGUCGCGGCACCAACAUCUAUACAAUGUAAAUAUAAUCAGUGUCAAUCACUGAGCGCUUAGUUGCCAUACAAAUUUUAAUGAUAGUUGAUAAGUAAACUUGUGAGCUUUUGAUGUGAUGGGGUGUGACGGCGACCUCCGCUCAUUGAGCCUAGUUGACUCAAACCAAUCACGGUCGGCUCAGUCUUUUAAAAUUAUAUUGAGCACAAAAUAUAAUAACUUUCAAACAGCCAAUACAAAGAGUUUUGUGCAAGCAUUCUUGCCCAAAAUUCUGAGCUGUGUGGAGUUGCACACGUUUUGCUAAGGAACAUUCGGCGGUGGGCGAGCCGGCGUCACAUCUUAUAUUAAGUGUUUAACAAUAAAGUCCACAUCUCCGUAACCUAACAUCUUGAAUGUAAAUACACCUGGCAGGUGGUGUCAUGUAAAUUGUUUACAAAACGGUAUUAUUUGUGUCUGCAGGCGAGGGUUUGCGCUAGAACGGCUUGCUCUUAUAGACUUAGGUAAGACUCGUAGUAAUAAAUUGUGGCCUUAAGUUUUCUUUAUUAUCGACUUAAUACGUAAAAUGGAUUGGAAUAGUCUCUUGUAACAGAGGCCUAGUAACUUGUAUCGUGCGAGCAUUUUUUUAUCAUUAUUUACCAGAGUCUACAUGACCACUUUUUUAUUCAUUAUUAUAGUUUUCCGAAUAAUAAUAUAAAAUUUAAAUGUAAGUAAACAUUGAAGCAUAAACUUAUUUUACAUAAAUAUUAUAUUUAAUAAUUAACAAUAUUGAUAAUUGUAAAAUUGGCCAUAGGUUGUAACAAGUUAUCAGUUGGCAUGCCAAUUAAACAAUUUUUCAUGAUUUUUA